GGCACCCCCCGAGAGUCACUGGCAGUUGGCAAUCUCUGGGCGGAUGAGAUACGGCAUCCCCCCACCUCCUCCACAGCGCCGACGACGAUCUUGGGCACCCGAACCUGCACGAGGCGGAAGGCCGAGCGAAUUUGACCGAAAGCUCUCGUCGUCGACGGGCUGGCGGGGCGGAGUGUCAUGGAGCAUCGGCCUGUGGCGUGCGUUUUCUGGUAGUCCCUGCCCGGGUAUGCCAUCGCGUGUUCCUCUUCUCGAUCGCGUUGCGACCGACGGCGCCAGUCAGCGUGGCCUUUGAGGUGGUCGGCUGCAUCGAUAUGGCGUCCAUUUGUUGCACGAGCGGAUUGUGGAGCCCCGUUGCUGCGGUCCGUGGCGUGUGGAUCGAAGGCUGUAGGAAUUCAGGGGCUCCCGCAGGUUUAGGAGCCGGUCGCGGGCUCGUUUUGGCGCGCAAGGAUUUUGGAUCAGUUGGAAAGGAGAGCAAUAGAUUAUGGCAUCGGGUGCCAUGUGGGUCAUCGAAUUCACAGGCUACUCGUCUCCCCAGACAGCUCGCUCUUGGCUCAAAUGUGUUCUGCUCGAGGAAAGAACUUGCAAGAGUCAUUGGGGCAAACGCGGGCCGUCUUCCGGUAUCGAAUGGCCUCAGCUCAGAGUUCAGCUCGCUGGAAGUUGUGCCAGGGGAGAGGGUUACAGACUCUAGUGUGCCUGCCUUGGCCGUGGCCCUAGUAGCCUCCACGCUCUAUCCAGACUCUGCGAACGCGAACACAUUAAACCCCGCGUACGCAGAUGUUGGAGCUUUACUGGAAGCCGGAGUACAGCUGAUCUACCUGGGAGCAUUGCUCAUUCUGUUGGGGGUUGGUAGUUUCCUAGUGGUCCGUCAAGUGCUGAUCAAACGGGAGCUUGAAACUGCCGCCAAAGACCUCCAGGAUCGAGUGCGGAGCGGGGAAGCUUCCUCAUUGGAAUACUUUGAACUCGGUGCCGUGAUGCUACGAAAGAAAUAUUACCAACUGGCAAACAAAUAUCUAGACCAGGCAAUAAAGAAGUGGGAUGGCUCAGAGCAGGACCUUGCUCAGGUGUACAAUGCACUCGGAUUCAGCUACUUCAGUGAUGGUAAGUUAGAAAAAGCUAUUGCGCAGUACGAGAAGGCCGUUCAGCUGCAGCCAGGGUAUGUAACUGCUUGGAACAACUUGGCAGAUGCAUAUGAGAAUCAAAAAGACUUCGCCAAGGCACUUCAGGCUUAUGAACAAGCCUUGCAACUCGACCCUACAAAUAAAGUAGCCUCCGCCAGAAGAGAAUCUAUGAAAUCUAAAGUCGAUAGAUUCCAAGGAAUACCUUAGACAAAUGAUUUCUGGCUAAACAAGUGAUAGCUUUGACUACUGGCGUCGUAUAUAUUCAUCAGAGUUUUCCACGUGAGGUCUUCCUCUGCGAUUAGAGGCAAGUAGUACUUUAGCACAGCGCAACCUAAAUGAGAUUUCAGCGUCAAUCAAGUAAAAAAUGUUAGUCAUGCUUUAGGUUUAGGUGGCUGAGGCCAGUACGCGACGUUCUGGGUUCCCAAUAGUUUCAGUGUAAUGGAUUUAGUUUUGUGCUCAAGGUAAUAAGUUUUGACGGAACUUUUUGCAAUGUAAAUCUCCCGAGAGAAUUCACUGGAAGUGAGGCACGGUAAUAGGGAGUCCGGAAACGUGAAGGUUUGUUGUCACCAGCAUUUACUAGCCUCCUGAAUGGCUCCUGAAAACCGACAACCAUCCUGGCUGCCACGCUCAGGAUGCAGAUGAAUCUUACG